UGCUUAUUAAUUGUUACCUAAUUGUGGUGAGUUGCAGUUAAAUUACUUUUUUUUGUGGUUCAUCAUGGAGAUUUCAUUGAAAGGUAAGAAAGUUCUGGUAACUGGAGCAUCCAGAGGAGUUGGUCGAGCGGUGACCGAGCUUGUGGUCAAAGCCGGAGCCUCCAAAGUCUAUGCUGUGGAUAUAUUGAAGGAUGAAUUGGAUAAACUGGCAGCCGAAGUUAACAAUGUCCACCCAAUCCAUCUUGAUAUAAGCGACUGGUCAGCUACUGAAUCUCAACUAACUUCAAUUGAACCUGUUGAUUGUUUGGUUAAUAAUGCUGGUAUUUGCUGGAAUACAAGUCCAGGGAAAAUUAAGGAAUCAGAUUUUGAUGAAUUGUUUGCUGUAAACACAAAAGCGGUGAUCAACAUAACCCAAAUCAUUUCAAAUUCAAUGGUCAAGGCUGGAAUCAAGGGUUCCAUUGUUAAUGUGUCCAGUCUUGGGUCGGUAAAAGUUUACCCACCAUUUUUGGUUUACAGCGUAUCGAAAGCGGCUAAUGAUCACAUUACUCGUAAUUUUGCUGCCCAAUUGGGUCCACAAGGUAUUCGUGUCAAUGGUGUUAAUCCUCAUGCAAUUUUGACCCAAAUGUUGGCCACUUCAAUUCGUGACCCUGAAGAAGCUGAAAGAUUAAGUCAAUUGAACACAAUCACCAGAUAUUUACAACCAGAGGAAGUUGGAAAGGUUAUCCUUUUCCUGUUGAGUGAUUGGGCUGAAACAAUUAACGGAACAACUUUACCAAUCGAUUGCGGUCAUUUAUUAAGUUAAAAUGAAAAUUUCCCCUGAAUAUUGAAUAGUGUCAUUUUCCCACAAUUAUAACAUGUUGAUUAUUGAUUUAAUUUUCAUUGAAAUUAUAAUAUUAUACUAAAAGUAAUUAAAAAAAGAAAUAAUUUGGUUAUGGCAA